AUGCCGUUCCGAUCCUUCCCUGUGGUUUCACAGCCUGCGGCUGCCACCAGAUGCUGCCAGUCUCCAUACCGGGAUUGGAAAACCGGCCUGAUGGACUGCACCGCCGACAAAUCCAUUUGCAUGUGCGGCGCCUUCGCUCCCUGCAUCCUCGCCUGCAAAGUGGCAAUAGACUAUGGUGAAUGCUGCUGCGUCCCAUUCCUCCCCGGGGCUCUGGUGGCCAUGCGGACAGGCCUGCGAGAACAGCUGCGCAUCAAGGUACCGCCUGUUUCCCGAGAUCAUGCACCAAAGGGCUCUCUGGCAGCUACGGCUGCAGCUUUAUCAGGAGAGUUUUUGAGCUAA